AUGCCAGCCUGGGCCAAGGACGCCAGCGCGGCCCUCCACCUCUCGCUGGCGGGGCGACGGGUGCCGCACCUGAAGAGUCUGGGCAAAUUGGCUCCGUGGCAAGACCAAGAGAACGAGGGGAUCCGGGUCCACGCUGGCACCGACGGCGCUUCUGCAGUGGCAAACGCAGUGAGGUUCAUAGUUCACUGGGCUGCUCCGAACGGGCUUUUCGGCGGGGGCAACUUCUAUAAUUUCCGCGCGUGUACCCGGGGCGCAGUGACGCACCUCUUGCGAACUAACCGCGGCACCUCUGGGGUGGCCCAGUUCGACGGUGUGAUGUCCGGUUGUCUGCAAGAGCUCGUCGGGGCCUCGCUGGAUACCGCGGUACAGCUGUGCGCCGAUCAGCCAGACGUGCUGGAGGCCGACGCCGUGGCGAAGAGGCUGGAGGAGAUGGUCGGAGACCUCGUGCAGCUGGCGCGUGGGUCGCCGGAUUCCAGCGCCGCGCACGUCUCGUACGGGCCAGUGCUCGCGCGGGCGUUGUUGAAGCUCGUCUCGCGCUGCAUGGAUCGGCUUGAGUUCCGGCCCCUGCGCACCGCCCUCCGGGCGCUCGCGGCCUCGCUCUGCGCGGCGCCGACGGCGGCGGAG